GCUUCAAGGCAGAGUUCAUUUUCAGGAGAUCUGGUCUGUAUUACUAAAUUCCCACAAACCCUGAAAAAAUGGAAGCUCUAACAUCCGGUCUUGCUGAAGAGAUGGCCUCCCCUCUCUCCAGUUUUAUUUAUGAUCCAUCGUCCGCGUCGGAGGUUCUCAACUUUGCCGGGAAAAAGCAGUUUUCGUCCCAACUCAACAUGUGGGAGACUCUUCUGCCCGAAACCAAUCCCCUGCCCCCUGACGCACAACAAAACCACACCGCCAGUCCUGACCUCAAACUCUGCCUCUCCGAUUUAACAGACCUUGCUUACGAUACUGAAGACGUCAUUGAUGAAAUUAAGACCGAGGUCCAGCGCCGGAGAAUACUAGGACACACCCAAUCUGGCACCACCAGCAAGCUACGCUUCUUAUUUCCCCCAUGUUGUGCUGGUUUCAAUUCAAGUGGCAUUAAGUUUAGUGAGCGGCUGGGGCCAAAGAUAGAAGAUAUCACUACUAGAUUUCAACAGAUUCUUGAGCAAAAGAAUGUUUUGAAGUCGGGGGAGAGAGGUGGCCGAGGGAAAUUGGAGACAAAAAGGGAGAGGCUGCGCUCCGUUUCUUCUCUUGAUGAUAAAUCUCGGGUUUUUGGCAGGGAACAGGAUAAACAAGUCAUUCUUGAACGGUUAAUGGAUGGUAAAACUGGUGUGAUUUCAAUUGUCGGAAUGGGUGGUGUGGGCAAAACCACGCUUGCUCAGUUAGUUUACAACGAUGAUAAAAUUGAGAACCAUUUUGAGUUGAGAGUUUGGGUUUGUGUCUCUACGGAAUUUGAUGUUACUAGAGUGACUAGGACUCUGCUGCAGGGUGUUACUUCGGAGAGUCUCGAUUCCAAGGACUUCAAUUCGCUUCAAGUGAAGCUAAAGGAGAUUCUUUCUGGAAAGAAGUUUCUGAUUGUUUUGGAUGAUGUUUGGAAUGAGAACUACGAGCAAUGGGAGGUUCUGCGCACACCCUUGGUGGCAGGAGCACCUGGGAGUAAAGUACUUGUAACCACUCGAAAUGAAAGGGUUGCAUCCAUCAUGACCACAUAUCCGGUAUACCAUCUGCCGGUGUUGUCUGAUGAUGCUUGCGUUUUUUUGUUUGUCACACAUGCUCUUGGUGCUAGUAAUUUUGAUGAACACCCGAAGCUAAAAGGAAUUGGGGAGCUUUCUAUUACUGGAUUGGAAAAUGUGGUGAAUGUUCGAGAUGCUGGGGAUGCUAAUCUAAUGCACAAGCAUGGUAUUGAUGGCUUAUGUUUGAAAUGGAGUAGUGAGUUCCUUGAUCACCGAAAGGAAGAAGGCAAAAUGCUUGUUCUUGAUAUGCUAAAACCUCAUAAGAAUCUGAAAGAACUUACAAUUUCAUUUUAUGGUGGUAAAAGAUUUCCAUCUUGGUUAGGAGAUCCCUCAUUCACUGAGAUUGUGCACAUGAGCCUCAAUAACUGCAGUAAAAGCAUGUCACUUCCAUCACUUGGGAGACUGCCAUCAUUGAAGAAGUUGUUCAUCCGAGGCAUGAAUGGAGUCAAGAAGGUGGGUCUUGAGUUUUAUGGUGAUGGUUUGCCUUCUACUAAGAGGUUUCUGUCCUUGGAAAUUCUGUGGUUUCAGAAUAUGUUAGAAUGGGAACAUUGGUCUUCCACUCAUAAAGGUGAUGAAGAUUUAGCUGAUGAAUUUCCUUCUCUUCAUGAGCUCACGAUAAAAGAUUGUCCAAAGCUGACUGGGGACUUACCAAGAUGCCUUCCUUCCCUUGUGAAGCUUAUCAUUAGUCACUGCCCAAAGUUGGAGGGUUCACUUGUGAGCCUCCCCUCCCUUUGCGAAUUAAAUAUUGAAGACUGCAACAAGGAGCAACUGAAAAAUUUUGUUCACCUUACUUCCAUAAUAACACUGAGAAUCCGAAGUAUUAGGGACCUUGCAUGUCUGCCGCAAGAGAUGCUAGAGUCUCUAGGUGCACUUCAAACCCUUGAUGUUUCCAAUUGCACUGAACUGACAUCUCUGUGGCAAAAGGGUACCAGACUGAAAAACAUUGUUUCUCUUGAGCAUCUAAAAAUUAAGGGCUGCUCCAAAUUUGUGUCUCUCAUAGAAAAUGAGCAAGGUCUUUAUAGUAGUUUAGAAGAUAAUGAGUUGAUCAACUAUGGCAACUUGGAGAAACUGACUCUCAAAAGUUUGCAAAUUGAAUCAUGCCCGAAACUUGUAUCCUUUCUUGAGACAGGUUGCUUGUCCACACUUAAACAUCUUAAGCUCAAAGAUUGCGCAGCUCUUAAGAACCUAUUUGAUUGGCAGACGAUACCUAAUUGCAGGACUAGUGAUUAUUUUCUUGAAGACUUGGAGAUUGAGGAAUGUCCUUUCCUCACACACCUUCCAAGAGGUAACAGGUUGCAAAGGUUGAAAAUCCGAGGUUGUACAUAUUUGCAGUCUCUACCAGAGGGAAUCAUGCAGAACAAUAACAGCACACACAUGUGGGAUCUUAAGAUCUUGGAGAUUGAUGAUUGUCCAUCUCUAGUGUGCUUUCCUGAAGGCAUAUUACCAUUUAGUCUUAAAACACUGAAAAUUUGUGAUUGCUCAAAUCUAGAACCAUUUUCAGAGCGGCUGCUGCACAACAAUGCAUCACUUGAAUACAUCUAUAUGCGGAACUACACAACUCUCAGAAGUUUGCCAGAAUGCCUGUGUAGCCUCACACAUCUGACUGAGUUAAUUAUAAGUAAUUGUCCAGCUUUAAUCUCCUUUCCAGAGACAGGCCUCUCACCCACUUUGAAAACCUUAGAAAUCUACAGUUGUGCCAAUCUCAAAUCUCUACCUGAGAGGAUGCAAAAUCUUGCUUCUCUUCAAUAUCUGACAGUUUGCAACUGUCCAUGUCUUGUGUCAUUUCCCAAAGGGGGUUUGUCCCCUCAACUAUUGGUACUGGAGGUCUGGGAUUGCAUAAAUUUGAAGGAGCCAAUGUCAGAGUGGAACCUACACUCUCUAGCCUCUCUUAAAGAGCUCAUCAUUGUUGGUGCACCGGAUACAGCUUCCUUCCCAGAUGAAAAGUGUCUGCUUCCUACAACUCUCACUUCUAUAGUCAUUUCUAGACUCAACAGUCUGGAAUCUCUAUCCACGGAACUGCAAAACCUUACCUCUCUUGAAGAGCUAGAAGUCAGCAAUUGUCCAAAGCUUCGAGAGUUGCCAAGGGAAAGAAUGCCUGCAAAACUUGGAAAACUUUGUAUCAGAAACUGUCAACUUCUACAACAACGCUUAAAGAAGAAAGGGGCAUAUUGGCAGUUGAGAGCCCGCAUCCCUUGCAUAGAAAUAGAAUGGAGGCUGGUCGUGAUGGAUUCAGGGAGGAGGAGAACUGGGGAGCCCUUUACCUUUUCUCAUUGCUACUAUUUAAAUACAUUUUCUCCGUCAAACUUGGUAUUACAGCAUGCUACAUACAGAGGAAAUAAAACACAUUUUAGCUUGAAUGCUGUUUUGUGGUCCAUCUAUACUUGUAUUCGAGAUCCCAUGCAAGUUGCCCAAUUAAUGUCUACAUUGCUAUACCCUGCCGAUACCAUUAUACUAUGCUAAACAAGAACUUUGAACUCGACAAGAGGGGAGAUUUGUUGGUGACAGUUGAGAGUUAUGCCAUUGUUGUUAAACUAGGUACGAUCAGUUUCCAGUUUGUAAAUCUCAUCUUAAGUCCUUCAGGCCUCCAUUCACUUCUAGUUAAUGUAACCUCAUGCUUCUCCAGCUUUCAACAUCUCAUUUGCGAUCUGUUGCUGUUGGCAUUUUCCUGUGUGCUGUUUUGUUUGUUGUUGUUGGAAUGCAAGUCUGGAGAAAGUUUGGGGGAAACAUAUAAUGCAUGUUUGGCAGCUUAAAACUAGAGGACCACUUGUUAGGGAAUUGGUAAGUCAUCUUCAUCUCCCUAAAAUAUCAUUUGGAACUUUCAAAUGCUAUAUUACUCCUUUUUUUUUCCCUGGCAGCAAUAAAAACUGCUUGCUUGGCAGUUGGGUCUUCCCUCUGGUUCCACAGACGAAUGAAUGUUUGGACUGGAUGAGAGAAACUCAUCCAAAACUUGUAAAUAGAGAGUAACUAUCUCCUCGGCCACCUGCUGUCUUUUUUAGGCCAAGAGUUCCAACAAGAACCAAAGCAAUGCGUAUUCUCGGCAUUGUAAUUCUUUAAAGUGUCUCAGAGCGGGGCUGGCAUCCAAGCACUGGCAGCAUCUUCCUUGAGCUAGAGGAUUUCCAACUUCUGAACAUUGGAUGACGCUCAUUGGUUCACAGUGGGCAGAAGCAACCAUUUGUACACAUACUAGGUACUUGUAUCAGCAAAUAAACUGUACAGUUGAUUUGUUCGAGAGAGCUACAAGAUUGGAUAAUCCUUACCUCUCUAGGGACGUUCUUCUACCUAACUUUAUGCUUACAUCAUAGGAGUUUGGAGGAAAGAACUCUGCAGUUUCGACACAUUCCCUGAGUUCUGUAGGCUCUGUUUAUUGUCAUUUAGAGCCAAAUAGAUUUUAUCUCUGUUAUUUUUUAAACAGUCUAUAGUAUUUAAUCAUGGCAUAUAAAUUUCAAUUUCUUCA